AUGUCGUCCGCCGCCGCCGCCGCCGCCGCCGCCGCCUCGGAGGCGUCCCUGAAGAAGAAGAUCGCGACGCUGACCGUCAUCAACGGCGCGCUCACGAAGGAGAACGACGAGCUGCGCGAGAAACUCUCGGCGGCGUCCGCGGCCGGCGCUGAUGCGUCCGAUGCGACCUCAACAUCCGCCGACGACGGCUCGGCGACCGCCGCCGCCCUCGCGGCCAUGGAGGACGACUUCGCGGCGAGGCUUCAGGACGCGGACGACCAGAUCGCCGCGCUGACGCGCGAGAGAGACGCGCUCGCGGACGACCUCGCGAGCGCGACCAAGGGCGGCGACGCGUCGAGCGCGGAGACGGCAGAGGCGCGCGCGAAACUGUCUCGCGCGAGAAACGAUCUCGACGCGUCCAAGCGCGAGGUGAGCGAGCUCGAGGCGUUAGUCAGGAAGCUCACGCUCGCGGCGAAGGACGCGGAGCGCGACGCGAUUCGCGCGGCGAACCGCGCGACGUUCCAGGAGGAGAACAACCGCGCCAACGCCGCAACCGCGGCCGCCGAGGCGUCGACGCUGACGGACGAGAUCGCGUCGAUGAAGCGUCGGCUCGCGGACGAGCGCGCGAUCGCGACCGCGGAGCUCGUGAGCCUGCGGACCCAGCUCGCGGCGGCGACGAAAGCCGCGGAGGAGAACAUCGGGAGGGAGGCGCAGAGCGUCGUGGACGCCGCGGAGGCGCGCGCGACGGCGGCGACGCGCGAGGCGGAGGCGCUGCGAGCGGAGAUUGUCAAAACGCGAAACGCAGCCGACGUCGACGUCGACGACGCGCGACGCGAGGCGAGCGCGGCGGAAGCGCGCGCGCGGCGCGCGGAGGAGGCCGCGAGGGGCCUCGACGGCGAUGGCGGCGGCGCGGACGCGAUCGCGGUCGCGGUCGCCGCGGUCGCGCGGCAGCUCGACGCGGCGGUGGCCGCGCGCGGGGCGGACGCGGAGGCGUUUGAAGAGGAGCGCGCGAGAGCGAGAGCGAACGUCGCGGUCGCGGAGACGGCGACGCGCAAUGCGAGGGACGACGCGGACGCGGCGACGACGCGCGCGGUCGCCGCGGAGGCGACGGCGAGGGCGCUCCGCGAGCGGCUCGAGGACGCGAUGGAGGAUCUCGGCGACGCGCGGCGGGAGCUGGAGGGCGCGCGAUCAGCGUCGCUCGUCGCGAGAAAAGAAGCGGUCGGCGUUUCGGAGAAGGCCACCGCGGCGGCGGCGGAGGCGGCGUCGACGCGCGCCGCGCUGCGAGACGCGCGCGCGUCGAUCGCGGCGCUGGAGGGGGAGGUCGCGAGAUGGCGCGAGGCGGCGGAGCGGGAGCGCGCGAGGGCGGCGCUGAGCGAAGCGCGCGCCGCCGACGCCGACGCCGCGCGAGAGGAGCGCGGCGGCGGCGGCGCGAGUCGCGAGAGAGGAGAUAUCGUCGUCGCGGUCGCGGUCGCGCCGCCGGCGCAGGCGCCGCCGAUGCCGAUGCCGUCGCCGUCGCCGUCGCCGUCGCCGGGCGGGUUCGACGUCGCGUCGCUCAUCGCCGCGAAUCGGAUGGACGGCGGCGGAGGCGACGCGCCGUGGCUCACGGAGAAAGAGAAGCGGUUGGUGUCGCGCGAGAGAGAGAAGACCGCGGCGGCGGUGACGGAGGCGACGGCGAGAGAGGCGGCGAAGACGUUGGCCGCGGUGCGCGACGCGUCGGACCUCCGCGCGCGGCUCGAAGAGACCGAGGUGCGUCCCAUACACUGGUUCCCAUACGACCGCGCUGGCGUGGUGAACGCCGAUCCUUAA